AUGUCCCUUCCUCAAUUACUUGUUGGCAAAGUUGCUGCCAUCACUGGCGGUUUAACCGGUAUUGGACGGGCAAUUGCACUCGAUUAUAUUCGACAUGGAGCCAAAGUUGCAAUCAGUCACCUCGGCGGACCCAAGGAAGACGACUUGCUAGAAUCUCUGCGCAAAGAAAUCAACGAGAUCGAAGCUGGUGCAGACAAGAGUCGAUUCAUCACAGUAUCAGGAGAUAUUUCACAGCCAGAGACGGGGCGUAAUUUUGUCGCGAAAACCGUCGAGGCCUUUGGCCGACUAGACGUGUUCGUCAGCAACGCAGGCGUAUGCCAGUUUGCCGAUUUCCUUGAGCUUGAGCCCUCUCUUCUCAACCACACCGUCUCUACCAACCUUUCCGGUGCCUUCUUCGCUACACAAGCCGCCGCCCGUCAAAUGGCACAGGCUCAGUCCCCGCCCGGUGGCUCCAUUAUCGGCAUUAGUUCCAUUUCAGCGCUUGUUGGCGGCGGCGAGCAAACUCAUUAUACCCCGACUAAGGCUGGUGUGCUAAGUCUGAUGCAGUCAACCGCAGUUGCACUGGGAAAAUAUGGCAUCCGCUGUAACGCGUUGCUCCCCGGUACCAUCCGCACUCAGCUUAAUGAUGCCGAUAUGGCGGAUCCAGUGAAGCGUACUUAUAUGGAAGGGCGUAUCCCAUUGGGUCGACUUGGUCAACCGCGUGAUCUGGCAGGACCAGCGGUGUUCCUGGCCUGUGAGGAGCUGAGUAGCUAUGUGACUGGUGCGCAGCUCCUCGUUGACGGUGGACUAUUUGUUAAUCUGCAGUAA